AUGACCACCUCGGCAGAUCCUGAUAAUGCUGUCAUUUCUUAUUCUAAUGUAGCCGCAAUUAGUGCAGGAAUAGCAUUAGUAGCGGCGGGUGCAGUCUAUUCGAAUUACAGAGCCAUAGUAAAUAAUUUAUCAUCAUUGUUGGUUGAUAAAUCAACAGAAAUGACCAAUAACAUUGACUGGAAUAAUAUGACUGUUCCAGCUGUAGAACAAGGCUAUUCACAAGCAAGAGUCUCCUGUCAAUUAGGCAGCCGUCAACUGGCUGCGAUUGGUAAAUGCGAACAUGAUGAUCGUCAAUUCCAAACAUUUUAUGAAGGGUUUAUGAUUGGAAAAGACAUAGCGAAGACGAUAGGUGAUGGAAGAUGUCUAGGCUAUCGUCAAAAUAGAGAAUCGCCGUAUGAGUGGCUGUCGUAUGAUGAAACUGAACAAGGAGCGAAUGAAAUUGGCAGCGGUUUAAUUCAUAUUGGCGACAAGUUUGGUCAAAAAACAUUUAUAGGAAUCUAUGCUGUGAACAGUGUUGAAUGGAUGAUGACAGCAGUCGCCUGUCAUUUUCAAUCUAUGAUUUAUGUUCCACUAUAUGAUACAUUAGGAGAAGCUGCUAUUAUACAUAUUAUUAAUCAAACUCGUUUAAGCACGAUUUUUAUUGAUAAACCGGACAACGUGUUGAAUCUGUUGAAGUUGAAAUCCAAGAUAGAAUCCUUAAAACGUUUAGUUAUUACGAGAACAAUGCCGGCUGACAAAGAAUCUGAAAUUCGAAAACGGGCGACGGAAGCUAAUCUCGAACUCUUGAUGUUCAACGACUUAAGGAAUAGUGGACGAGAUCAUCCGUCACCUCAUCAUCCACCUAAGCCAGAUGACGUGUUUGAAAUAUGUUAUACAAGUGGUACGACUGGUUUGCCAAAAGGAGCGAUGUUAACAAACAAAAAUAUCGUCGGUCUUGUAGAAGCGGCAGCAGAGUUUUUCAGACCAAUAUUUACUCAGCAGGAAACAGUCAUUUCAUAUUUACCAUUAGCACACAGUUAUGAACAAUCUAUUGAGUUAUUUUGUUUGUGUUAUGGCCAUAAAAUUGGUUAUUAUCUCGGCGAUGUUCGUCAGUUGGCUGAUGAUUUACAAGCAUUGAAACCAACAUUAAUGCCCUGUGUGCCACGUUUAUUAAAUCGAAUGUAUGAUAAUAUUCAAACAACAAUCGGACAUUUAGGUGUUUUAAAACGUUCAUUAUUUCGAUGUGCAUAUUCUUCUAAAACCGCGGAAGUACAAAAUCAUCGUGUCAAUCGUCAUCUUCUAUGGGAUAAAGUAGUAUUUAAACAAAUUCAACAACGUCUUGGUGGAAACAUGAAACUAAUUGUUAGUGGUGCUGCACCGUUGUCACCAAAAAUAUUAGAGUUUUUAAAAAUAGUUUGUGGCGCAUACGUUGUCGAAGGUUAUGGACAAACAGAAUGUUGCGGUAUAUCAUCAUGCCAAGUACCUGGUGACUCAUCAGUGGGAAAUAUUGGUGUUCCAUUACUUUGUAAUAUGAUUAAAUUGUGCGAUGUGCCCGAUAUGGAGUAUUAUGCAAAAGAUAAUAUUGGAGAAUUAUGUAUCAAAGGUUCGAAUGUAUUUGCCGGUUAUUAUAACGAUGAAGAAAAAACGAGAGAAGUUAUAGAUAAUGAUGGAUGGUUACAUACCGGUGAUAUUGCCACGUGGAUAAAGACUGGACAAAUUCAAAUAGUCGAUCGAAAGAAACAUAUGUUUAAAUUAGCUCAGGGUGAAUAUCUUGCGCCGGAACGUUUAGAAAAUGUUUAUGUUCAAUCCAAAUAUGUUGCACAAGUGUAUGUGCAUGGUAACUCUUACAAAAGUUUUACGGUAGCCAUUGUUGUUCCUGAUAGUGAAGUUUUGCUGAAAUAUGCAAGGAGUGAAAAUAUGCCAACUGAUUUGGUGGAAUUAUGUAAACGAAAGGAUAUUAAAGAACUUAUUUUCAAUGAUAUGCGAAAUUUAGAAAAGAUAAAUGAGUUAAAAGGAUUUGAAAAAGUUAAAGAUAUUUAUCUUCACCCGGAGUUGUUCAGUAUAGAAAAUAAUUUGUUAACACCGACAUUAAAGUCAAAACGCCCGGAAUUAGCCAAAUAUUUUGAUAAUCAAAUUGAAGAAAUGUAUAAAACAAUCGAUUAA